AUGGGGGUGGCAUCGUAUGGUUGUUUAGUUCAAGCCGGCGGCGUUUGGUGGUUUUGUCCGGUGUCGGUUUUCAGUAUGGUGGCUGGCUGCACGGCUAUUAGUCACAAGAACAGUGUAGUCACCGGCUUCGUUGUCGGCAUCGUCAUCGAGGUUGUCUGUGCUUACAGUGUUGAAGAAGGUGAAGCAGCGUUUGAACCGUCCAGAGUCGAACGAGUCCAACCGGAUAAAGGUAGUUCAGCGGUCUGCCAGAUCUGUUACUUCCAACUCAUGCUGUUGACCACUGUCCACCUGUUAGUCGUUUGCUGCCUUUUGACCUUGGACCAGUCACCUGUUCUCGACAACGCCAGGGCCCCAAUGCUCACCAGCGGCUCGCGAUCAAGUGGAGGAAUGGAUCCCACUGUGUGCAUUCCUGAGCAGAUAUGGGAGUGCUGGUACGAAGGAGAGAAGUUGGUUCUGCAUUACUUAUUACUUACUUUGAAGCUGCAUGCCGAGGAAGUUCGGAUCAUACACAGUUUGGUGACAUUCGAGCAACUGAAGUUGUUGUGCGUUCACCACAACCGGCAGAUAUCGCCAGAUAAUUCGCCGAGCCGCAAGGAUUCAGAGAAUACCGCGUCAUCGGAUAAUUUAAACUUUCGCAGCAAGACUACCAGGGUGGUCAACGAACGGGUGGUGUUCGAAACGAAAUGCUUCCGUCUCAACACGCUGCUGUCCCACUGUCAACUCGCUACGUUGCUUUUCCCGACUUUAACAGUUGUCGACGAACAGACUGGGGCGACGUUCGAACAGGCUAACUCGUUGUUUUUCGACUCCUUGCAUGACGAAAACCUGACACGAUGCAGCAGCAGUUUCACUGUCGAAUAUCGACCGGACCUGCUGCAGUUCUGGAGAAACUUUUUCCAGCGCUUCAGGCCCCCAUAUGGACGGCAGCCACACUGGAGCGAGGCUCUGCGGGAGAAGUUACUGAUGCAGCUCGAUGGCAGCUGCGACGACCCGACGACUUUUCCGUUGGCACCUCUGAAAUGCUACGUUAAGGAGAUCGCCGAGCACCACCUCGUGCUCACUUUUCUGCCACUUUCUUCUAAGGACGUCUAUCUGCUGUGCGAUGGCGAAUCGUCAGCAGCCGCCGUCGAGUCGAACGGCACCCUUACGUUUCCUUUGAUCGUUUUCGACUGCUGCCGAACAGCCAUCUCAGCCCGUCUCAUACAACAGCAGCCGCUAACAACCGUGUCCCAUGACUUGGAUCUGGUCGAGGACUUUCGAACGCCGCUCGAAAAGGAGGAGUCAGCCCUCAGCGUGCUCCAUCGACAGAUCUCCAAGUUCUGCGAAAGUUCGAAGAACGAAUCGCGACCUGAUGUGUUAGAGAUCGAUAGCGGCAGGAAGUGUCGUUGUGCCGAUGACUUCAAGAUCUCGUCGUAUGUCCAUCAGCUGGAGCUGAUCUAUUCCCGAUCAUUCGUCGUCGGCGUCUAUCAGGCACUGGUUUCUGGUGUCCCGGUUCACAAGCAAGACGUCGUCACUGCUAUCGAAUGCCAAUGCGAAGAGACGGUUUUGGGCCUGGACAUGACAGAAUUCAUUCAGCUGCUGUGCUCCCAUUUCUGCAGCUACCGCUUUCUGAAGGAUAACGAGUCCCGAUGGCAGCGCAGGAACACGAAUGACACUGAAAUCAAUCUCGGCAUGGACAGGACGCUUUGCAAUUCUUAUUCUUCAAUCAGCGAAGUGGAGCUGACCGAAAUGGCGACAUGGAAAUUUCCGUUGUUCCUGCAGCUCACAUGCUCUUUGCGUAUUGCCGACAAGCUCUUCACUUGUUCGGUUUCAGAAUUGCCAACAUGUUUAGUCGACUUGUUUCGCAGAAGCGAAUUCGAUGCCUGGGACUACGACCCGACGAACCUCGAAGUGUCGCUUGAUUUGAACAUCCUGAUGCCGGGUUUCGACGAGGCGAACGAGUUUUCGAACGGCAUCGGUUUUGUCACCAGUCCUUCUAGCAACGAUUACGUCAGUGAAUGCUACUCAUACGACAUUAGCGACUUAGAAUGCGAUGAGUAUGCUACAUUUUCGCUUUUUCGCUUGUUUAUGAAUAAUGUUUUAUUUUCGGAAUGGGUUUCCCAGGAGGUUAUGCACAAAUUUUCUUGAAU